AUGGAGAAGCGGGAAGUCUACUGCCCGAUGCCCCAAAUAGAUGCGCAGGGUCUUCAGCAUGCCGACACGAUCUCGCGACUGGAACGCGGUGCGGAGGAACUGUCGCAGGGCGGAAGCGAUAUUGGGGAAGAGAUCCGGAAAAUGCAAGAGCAGGAGAGAAGUCGGAGUCGCUCUGGGAGUCGCCAGAACCCAAACUUGACUUGCGAACAAGAGCCAGAUUUGCCAAGGCCCAGGGCUCGAAGGAUCGGGAGCCAGACUGCGAGCCAGAGCGGGAGAUCUCGAGCCUCUUCGUAUGCCACGUCGAGUAGCAUUGUCGAAGUCAACAGCAACGCCCGCUGGGGUGGCUAUUCACCCGCAGCCUUCGUUGCUUCACCCACGGGCAGCGUGAGAUCGCACGGAAGUUGGACCCAUGCGUCCGUGAGCCGGGCAGCAUCAGGCUCGAAGACAUCGCUCGCACGCAUGGUCGCAGAACCACUUCAGGAGCGCCGUCCUCUGCAUUCUCCUCUUGCGCCCAGCACCGCAUCACUGUACUCCCAGGAGCACCAAAUGUCGAGGCAGCCGUCGCAGUCCUCCUUCUCACGACCCUAUGACCAGAUCGCCAGCCAGAUGGAAGAAUCGCUCCAACCCAUCCCUCCCAUGCCGUCGGUCGACGAGCAAAUGCAGCACAUACAACACCAUGAACCGGCCCAGCAUCCACAACACGAGCACAUCGAGUCUGAGCCUCCCGAGCGACCGCAUAGUGCCGACACCUUCCACGAGGCUCAGAUUGCCUUCCGGGACUUCGAUGGCGUGCACUUCGAUCCGGACAGCGAAGAGUAUGUCGAAGUGGACGAUGAAGGCAAUGAGGUGCGACGCAUAUCUGCGCGCAACUCCUCAGGAAGCUUGCUCGAUGCAGCAUCACUCCUACGAACACCGAGAGCGCGACCCAUGUCUUAUGGAGUUCCUCCGCCCGGGGACAGCAUGGUGUAUUAUCCGGCGCCAGUCCCACGCAUGCUGAACCUACCGAAGCGUUUAUCGACACAACCGCCCGCGCACAUCCAGCAGCAGAGGAGAUCACAAAUGCUAGCGGGCAUGUCCCCACGCGCUAGGGAAUCAGCACUAUGGAUACCUCCAAUUACUUUUAGUGAGGGCGAGACAAAAAGUCAACGCUCAAGCUCGGAAUCAGCACCACAAUCAGAACACCCUCGAGGCAUGCUUGACGAGCGUAUGAGCGUUCAAAAUCUGCCAGCGCAACUACGAGCGAGCAUGUUCUUCGAGCACCCAUCUGUACCCCACAAUGUCGAGGUCAAGUCGGAAUCCGCUGUCGCCACACUCGACGCCAUCCUUGCCUCUUCAGUGACCGCGCCAGUGUCAGCAUUCACUGACCAUCCUUAUGCGGGAGAUGUGAGGAAGACUGUCUACGCGCCGGAGCGGCCGAACCACAAUAGGAAGAGCACGGCAACCACACUUGGACAGAUGUCAUCACACUCGCUCACGCAAGAGAAGAAGAUCAAGAAGAGACGCUCUAGUAGUAUCGGUAAUUUCUUCAGGAGAAACAGCACCACCUUGGAUGCAGAAGUUGAGAACCGAAGACCUGCUAGUCGAGGAAGUGCAUUGGACUUCAACGAGGGAGGCAAGAAGCUGCGCAAGCGAAAGAGCCAAAUGAGCAUGGGAGACGAAAUGGCGAGAUCAGAGGGCCUCAGGACACCUGGCGACGAGAUUGAUGACCCAAUGAAGCGUCUCUCCUCUGGUGGCCUCAUCGAACAGGCUAAGAACCAAGGCGUAGACCACGAGCGUGCGCCCAGUGACUCGCGACCUUUGAGUGUCUAUAGCGACGGCAACCCAGUUGAUGAUGGCGAGCAGAUCGAACAAGACUUCAAAGACCAAGAAGCAAGGAGUGAUAUCGACGAGGACGACGAAGUACUCUACGCUCCGCCCGCAACAUUACUGGCAGAACUCCAACAUCGCAAGGCUCAGCUCAAAUCACGGAAUCGGACCGCUGCAACCGCGUUUCCGAAUGGUAUGCACAGCACUCUAUUGCAACUCGAUGCUGUUGAACAAAUUGAGGCCAAGAAGCGGAAAAGGCAGAAGAUUGCGCUUGCCUGGGAGGAUCCCAGCCUCCGACAAGACGAGGAAGAGGUCGAUGAGGAUGUGCCCUUGGGAGUCUUGUUCCCAUCGAGAGAGGGCAAUGCACACCGACGAAUGGGCAACCGUGGCGACUGGAAUCGACCCCUGGGGCUGAUGGACCGCCGCGAAAUGGAAGACAACGAACCACUGAGCAGCCGCAGACUUCGAAUGAAUCCACAUGCCAGGCCAAUAGUUAGGAAUGCCACUGCACCAAUGGCGUUGCGCGGACAGCCGAAUCCGGAUGACGAGGACGAGGAGGAGACAUUGGGCCAGCGACUGCGUAGGCUCAAAACGAAAGAAGCUCUCGACUUAGCCAUAAACGAUGUCGAGCGCAAAGAUGGCGACCGACCUGUAAGCACAUUUACAGAAGAGUUCCUUAGCCAAUUUGGUGGACUUGAGGUGAAGAAUCCAGAUGACGACAAGAGCACAAUGAAGGAAAACAAGCCAAACCAAGCAGGCGGUGGUGCAGAACAAGAAGAGACACUUGGCCAGCGCCGUGCACGACUUCAACGUGAGCGGGAAGCAUCUGGAGAAGUUCCUUCGCCUGGCGCAGCAACUCGUCCAGCGCUACGUCAAACGCAGUCAAUGGCCAGCGUCUUAUCAGCGAAUCCCAUUGGCAUGCGUGGUGCGUCAGCUAAUCACUCAGCCGCACACGGCACGCUUCUGCACGCCAGUGAACAGCAGCAAAUGAAGCACAAGAUGGAUCUGCUUAACAAGAAUUCGCGUUCAUCCAUGCAUAUGCUCGGGAACCCCUUAGUUGAUUCAAGACCGCAAAUCACAAGGGAGCCGAGCAGCGGACUGCUUGCACAGACAUCGAACCGACCUGCAAAUGGAGCUUACCAAGGAAACAGCACUAUCUUCCAGGGCGUCACUUCACCGGAUGCACCGCUGCAGAAGAUCCAAAGCUUUGGUGGUCUACUUGGCCAGCAAACCAGUAGACCCUCCAACGGCGCGUUCGCAGGCGGCUACUACAACAAUACCGGAGGUGGUGUUCCAAUGCAGCUCUCGGGCUCUCAGCCGAUGUUCGGCAUGGGUGGAGGACAGGGAUAUACUUUCGCUUCACCAACCGCUGGCAUGCAGGCUUAUGGCGGAUAUGGGAACAAUGCGAUGACCGGCGUGGGCUAUGGUAUGCAAGCUCAGCAGCCAUCAAUGAUGAACAACGCUGCUUAUUAUGCGCUGCACGGUGGUCACACCAGCGUAAUGCCAGGCACGAUGCCUGCGUACGGCAAUCCCGUGAUGGCUAGUGGGUAUGGCUAUCCGCAGCAGACACCAGGUCCGCAGAUGACUUAUGCAUCAAUGGCGCAGGUGGGUCAACCAGCGACUAUGAACGAAAUGCCGAUCGAACCUCAUCAACGGGAAGCCAUUGAUCGCUGGCGGAUGGGAGUCGCCUAG